AUGGAAACUUGUGUAGGGACCUCACUCGAAAAUGAGUUUCGGGGUGAGCUACUGAAUCAGAGGUGGACCUGUGGAGAGAAGAUCAGCAGCUGCAAGGGAGCCGCCAGCCUGCACGGCACACGCAUCAAGAUGAGUUUAGAAAAUGACGAUAAGAGAGCACGCACGCGAUCGAAGUCUAUCAGAGUGCCCACGGAGCUCAUCGGCCAGGAGGUGAGCUGUCCAACCCCAGGCUGUAACGGCUCAGGACACAUCCGUGGAAAGUAUGCAAGACACAGAAGUUUACAAAGCUGCCCUCUAGCAAAGAAGAGGAAACUUCAGGAUGCGGAGGCUGAACAUCUGGUGUCAAAGAGAAAAUCCCAUCCGCUCAAGCUGGCCUUGGAUGAAGGCUACAAUGUCGACAGUGACGGCAGUGAGGAGGCCGAGGUGAAGGAGGAGUCCGGCUCUGAUGAGUCGGAGGGGACGCUGGAGGAGGAUGAAGCGGAGGCGGUGGAGCAGGAGGAGACCCGCAGUCCUGAGACGGCAGAAGAGAGAAGCCCAACAAAAUCAACCCAUUAUGGACAAAACACGGCAACAAGUACGUCUGGGCCCAGCAAGGCCAACUAUAGCAGCUAUCAAGAAAUAAUCGCCAACUCUCUCCUCAACCUAGGCCAAAUAGCGGAGGAAACCCUCGCCAUCGAAGGGCAGCUGCCUGAAGCUGAGCUCCAGGUCUCCAAGCCGCCAUCCAACGUUGUGCACCUGGUCCAUGAGGAUGCGGGAGAGGAGUUAGCGGAGGAGGAGUGUGACAAGGAGAUCAUCAUCCAGACGGAGGAUGCUGAGGAGGUCAUCGAGGUCACCAGCGAACGCAGCAGCGAGUUGUGUCCGGAGCACCGGGAUGAUGCAAACUGCGAGGAGGCCUGCAAACUGCAAAAGGCUGAUGCAGAAGAAGAAGAUGAAGAGGAGGAGGAGGAGGCGGAGGAUGAUGAUGAGGAGGAAGAUGAAGAGGAGGAGGAAGAGGAAGAGGAAGAAGAGGAGGAGGAAGAGGAAGAAGAAGAGGAGGAUGAAGAGGAGGAAGAGAUGGCUCCUGAAGUGAUCUGUGAAGAAGCUCCUCACACUUCUCAGGACACCCAGAAAAGCCACUGUGAAGGGCAGUUCAGCCCGAAGCCCGAGUACUCGGUCAUCGUGGAGGUCCGGUCGGAUGAUGACAAAGACGAUGACGCCCGCUCCCAGAAAUCGGCAGUGACCGACGAGUCCGAGAUGUAUGACAUGAUGACGAGGGGGAACCUGGGGCUGCUGGAACAAGCCAUCGCACUGAAGGCUGAGCAGGUGAAAAUUGUGCGGGAGCCCAGCCGGCUGCCAGGAGAGCACGUAAAGCACUUCCAGGUGGAUGAGAAGCAGAGCAAACCGCUGGACAGCAUCCGAAAGAGCUACUACGGCAAAGAUCCCUCAAGACCCGAGAAGCGAGAAAUCAAAUGUCCGACUCCUGGCUGCGAUGGGACCGGCCACGUCACGGGACUCUACCCUCACCAUCGCAGCCUCUCUGGUUGUCCGCACAAAGACAGGAUCCCUCCCGAGAUCUUGGCGAUGCACGAGAACGUGUUGAAAUGCCCCACGCCAGGCUGCACAGGACAGGGUCACGUCAACAGCAACCGCAACACGCACAGGAGUUUAUCUGGGUGCCCCAUUGCUGCUGCUGAAAAAUUAGCCAAAUCGCAUGAAAAGCAACAAACCCAGUCUGGUGAUCCUUCGAAGACCAGCUCCAAUUCUGACCGGAUACUCAGGCCUAUGUGCUUUGUGAAGCAACUGGAGAUCCCUCAGUAUGGAAGCUACCGGCCCAACAUGGUCCCAGCAACCCCCCGGGCCAACCUGGCCAAGGAGCUGGAGAAGUACUCCAAGGUCACCUUCGAUUAUGCAAGUUUUGAUGCUCAGGUUUUUGGCAAACGCAUGCUUGCCCCAAAGAUUCAGACUAGCGAAACCUCACCUAAAGCCUUUAAAUCCAAACCUUUUCCAAAGGCCUCUUCCCCCAGCCACAGCCCCUCCAGCAGUUACGUGAAGAGCACUUCAUCUUCCUCCACAGGCUUCGACUACUCCCACGACGCCGAGGCUGCGCACAUGGCUGCCACUGCCAUCCUCAACCUCUCCACCCGUUGCUGGGAAAUGCCGGAGAAUCUCAGCACGAAGCAGCAAGAGGCCCCCGGCAAGUCCAUGGACAUUGAGGUGGAUGAAAAUGGGACACUGGACUUAAGUAUGAACAAACACCGCAAACGGGAGAGCACCUUCCCCAGCAGCAGCAGCUGCAGCAGUAGUCCCAGCAUGAAAUCCCCAGAUGUGUCCCAGCGCCAAAACAGCACCAGUGCCACGAGCAGUACCAUGACCUCCCCCCAGUCCAGCCAGACCUCCCGCCAGGAUGAAUGGGAUGGGCCCAUUGACUACACUAAACCAAACCGUCAGCGGGAAGAGGAGCCAGAGGAGUCAGAGCCUGCUGCCCACUCUUUUGCCUCCUCGGAAGCUGAUGAGCAGGAGGUGUCAGAGGAAAACUUUGAAGAACGGAAGUAUCCAGGGGAAGUUACUUUAACCAACUUCAAGCUUAAGUUCCUUUCCAAGGACAUCAAGAAAGAGCUGCUCACUUGCCCAACCCCAGGCUGUGAUGGCAGCGGACACAUAACGGGAAACUAUGCCUCUCACCGCAGCCUUUCUGGUUGUCCUCUUGCUGACAAGAGCCUCAGAAACCUCAUGGCUGCCCACUCUGCUGACCUCAAGUGCCCUACUCCUGGUUGUGAUGGCUCUGGUCACAUAACAGGAAAUUAUGCAUCGCAUAGAAGUCUGUCAGGCUGCCCUCGUGCCAAGAAAAGUGGGAUCAAGAUCACCCCGACAAAGGAUGAUAAAGAAGACCCAGAGCUGAUGAAGUGUCCAGUUCCUGGCUGUGUUGGACUGGGACACAUCAGUGGGAAAUACGCCUCUCACCGGAGCGCAUCAGGGUGCCCUCUCGCAGCCCGCAGGCAGAAGGAAGGAUCGCUCAAUGGCUCUUCGUUUUCCUGGAAGUCAUUGAAGAACGAAGGUCCAACCUGCCCUACUCCAGGCUGCGAUGGCUCCGGCCAUGCCAACGGGAGCUUUCUCACUCACAGAAGUUUGUCAGGGUGUCCAAGAGCCACUUUUGCUGGGAAGAAAGGAAAACUCUCAGGGGAUGAAAUUCUCAACACAAAGUUCAAGACCAGCGAUGUUCUGGAGAACGAUGAAGAAAUCAAGCAGCUGAACAAGGAGAUCAGUGAGCUAAACGAGUCCAACUCGGAGAUGGAAGCAGCCAUGGUGAAACUGCAGUCACAGAUCUCCACCAUGGAGAAGAACCUGAAGAACAUUGAAGAGGAAAAUAAAAUUAUAGAGGAGCAAAACGAAGCCCUGUUCCUGGAGCUCUCAGGGUUGAGCCAGGCUCUAAUCCAAAGUCUUGCCAAUAUCCGCCUUCCGCACAUGGAGCCGAUUAGUGAGCAGAACUUCGAUGCGUAUGUGAACACGCUGACCGACAUGUACACCAACCAGGAGUGCUACCAGAACCCGGAGAACAAGGACCUGCUGGAGAGCAUCAAGCAAGCCGUCAAGGGCAUCCAGGUUUAGUGCCGCAGGAUGGAGAUGAGCAAGUGAACAGACUGUAAGAUGGAACUUUCCCUCCAAGUAUUCAGGUUUACAAGUUAGAAAACUUGUUUAAUGAAUGAAAAAAAAAAAAAAA